GGUUUAUGUGUGUAUGGGCAUGAGCUACUCAUUUUAUUUCCUUAAUUUGUUUUCUGACAUUUUCUGUUGCAAAUGUCCGACAUUAAAAUUUGAUAUAUUUAAAAAUUAUAUAUAUUAAUCCGGAAGGAAAAAGCGAGUUAUUGAGAUGGGGUAUAUGGUCGUGGAAAAACAUACAUCUGAUCUCCUCCACUUGAAGAGGUCUCCUGGGAUUAGAUCAUGGUCCCUCCUUGUUGGAAUUGCUUCAGUUGGACUAGCAGCAGCCUAUUACAGCGCUGACAGUAUAUUAUGGAAGAUGUUCUAUGUGACGGGUUGUUUUUUUGUAGCCCUACAGAAUAUGGAGGAAUGGGAGGAAGCAGUGUUUGAUAAAUCUAAGAAUGAGAUAGAACUAAAGACGUUUAGCAUCUACACCAUGAUACUGACUCUGUGGAGAAGAGGGCAUGAGAGAGUGGUAUUAGAUCUGCGGCACCUGCGUGACGUGAGUGUUCAGGAGGAGAGAGUGAGGUAUCUUGGGAAGGGUUACCUGUUAGUGCUGCGUCUAGCAACGGGCUUCUCUCACCCGCUUACACAGAAUGCCACGCUGGGGUCACGCAGUGAUGUGGAGGCACUUGCUGCACUUCUGAAGCGCUUUUUGGGUCUUGAGGAGUUACAGCAGCGUUUGCUAGAAGACGAUUCUCCUGAUGAUGAUGACGACAUUGAGGAUUUGGGAUUGGGUGAUAGCAGUGAUUCAAAAGAGGAAGAUGAACUUUAAAAGCCUCAGGGAGAGUUAGAAAAUGGUGGAAAACACUGUAUCAAGCCUUAAAUAAAACAACCAAAUGUUCCAGUCUUCCAAACAUCCUGGUGACAAUCUCAAAGCAUUAUCUGUCAUUACAUUUCUCAUAUCUUUAGAGGCAUUACCAGAUGAUAUUCAGUACUUAUGCUAGAUUUCUCUGUAUACUUUGCUACAUGCAACUAAUUUGACAGUUUGUGAAAUAACUGCAUGAAGAA